AAAGUUUUGCUCGUAGAGAGCUACGUCUCCUUGCAACCUGGUUCGGUAAAGACCGGAAUCACUCGGGUCAGAUUCGACCUCUCGCGGAAGUCUGGGGUCGACGGAAGGGUUCGGCCAUAGUCGGGCGACUCGGGUCGGCCGGGCAGUUCCGUCACAUUCGGGCGACUCGGGCCGGCGGGACGGUUCGGCCUCACUCGGGCGACUCGGGCCGGCGGGACGGUUCGGCCACAUUCGGGCGACUCGGGCCGGCGGGACGGUUCGGCCUCACUCGGCGAAGCGAACUGGCGGGACGGUUCGGCCUCACUCGGGCUGACGGGAGGGUUCGGCAGUCGCCGGUCGCCGCUCGGCGAAAGGGCGAUGGAGGCGAAGAGAAUCGGCAUGGAGUCGCCUGAAGUGACGGCCGUUUCGGUGAUGGGAGAAGAACAGAUCGACAUCGCCGAGCAGCUGCCGAGUACGGACGAGGGCGGUUUCGCAGAAGUGACGACAGUGACUGUGGGCAAUAUGCCUGGUCCUGCGGACAAUGUUUUUACAACAUCUGUUGCGAAUGCCUCCAUAUCAGAGCAUGUGCUGUCAGGAAGAACCACACUUCAGAUUGGAGAAGGACUUCCCACCGACAAAGCAACCCUAAUAGUUGUUCACACGGAUGGAAGCAUUGUGGAAACAACUGGAUUGAAAACACCUAAUGCACCUAUAACUCCAGGUCCACAGAUAGCUUCAACUCCUCUGACAUCAGGCCCGGACAAAGAAGGAACAAAAUAUAAUUGGGACCCUUCUGUGUAUGAGAAUGAGCUUCCAGUCAGAUGCCGAAACACCAGUGGAAUUUUGUUCAAAAACAAACUAGGUUCAGGAGGACGGGGGCGUUGUAUUAAACAUGGAGAGAAUUGGUUCACUCCCACGGAGUUUGAAGGAAUGGCUGGACGAGCCAGUAGCAAAGAUUGGAAAAGGAGCAUACGGUACGCUGGACGACCCCUCCAGUGUCUGAUACAAGAUGGUAUUCUAAAUCCUCAUGCAGCAUCAUGCACCUGUGCUGCUUGUUGUGAUGACAUGUCUUUGACCGGUCCAGUCAGGCUCUUUGUCCCUUACAAGAGACGCAAAAAAGAAAAUGAACAAAGUACAACUCCGGUCAAGAAGGAAUCUCCCAAGAACAUCACUUUACUGCCAGCAACAACUGGAACAACCUUUACAAUGACACCCGCUGGGCAAAUCACUCCUUCUGGAACUCUGGCAUUUGAACGAACAUCUGCAGCAGAUGCCACUGCUAUUAUUUCAGACAGUGCCACACAGGGAGAUGUCUUCACUAAUCCAGCAGAAGAUGGCAUUCACCAGACACAGCCCUGCCGAGACUGGUGGUGGGAUACAGCAAAUAAAACCCCUUACCCGCUACAAGCGCAUGAGGCUCACCGGCAGGGAGGACGUACAGGCCUGGGGGUUCCUGAAGUCUGUGGAGACAAUGGUGCUCAAGGGAGACCACAAACCCAGGUGGAAAGCAAUACAACAGGACCCUCACGCUCACCUCCGCAGUCUGUGUCACCAACAUCACUAGGAGCAGCUGCCAGCCCUGACACGCAUAUGUCAAAGGGUAUUAGUGAGUUUGAGGAGGGAACACAAGUGUUAACUUCGCUCCCUGCCCUUGCAGUGCCAACUCCCUCUACCCCAACUAAAACCAUCUCAUCCACGGCCUUGAAUGGAUUGGAGGUAGCUGAGCAGCGCAGCUGGCUGUACCUAGAAGAGAUGGUCACCUCAUUGAUGGCCACAGCUCAGCAGCUGAAGACACUGAUUGAGCAAGCAAAGCAAGCCAGCAUUGCUUCAAAAGAUGGCGCAAUUGCACAAGCUAAACUGCAGGCAGACCGUGAAAGGAAAGGGAAUCUAAACCAGUACCAGAGCCAGGUGCCAUUUCAUUCAGCUGAGGAUGUGGAUGGUAAAACUGAGAUCAUCAUUAAGCAAACCUGUGUGAACUGUGGGCGGGAGGCUAUGAAUGAAUGCACUGGAUGUCACAAGGUACACUACUGUUCAACAUUUUGUCAGCGAAAGGACUGGAAGGACCAUCAGCACGUGUGUGGGCAACCAACAACACUCACUGUACAGGCAGAGGAGGUGCAGGUGACAGAGGUCGAUGUAGAGAAAGUCAAAGUUUGAGUGUCCUAUACAGUAUAAGAACUCAGCAUGUCAACUCAAGUGACUGAGGUAAUGGCAACAAAUAUCUAGGUUGCAAGGACAUAGUGUUCUUACCCUGAAGGCCAGACUUUUUAUUGUUUGGAUACAUUGUAUUCUAAGGGAAUGCUGAUACCUGCACAUGAGGUAGUGACAAGUACCUAGGGAGGCAGAUUCGGGGUUACUUCAAUAUCUCACAGACUGACUUUUCAUUAGACUGCAGAAAAUGCCCUGUGGAAAUUUUGCAAAAUGUGCAACAGUCAGAUCCUUGACUUGUAACUCAACCAUUGCUGCCUCUCCUUGAUUUGCUUCUUCUGUUUGGCCUUACGCAGAGUCUGAGUUACUGGUCAUUGUACCUACUCUCACCUGCAACCUGCUGCACUCACUCAUGCUUUCAGAAACCCUCUCUAAAUGCAGUCGUGCCCUCCCACACACCAUCAUCUGGUUGAAGUGAAGUAGCCAGAAGAAGAAAGAGAGUAACCUUAUUUAAAUGAAGGCUGAUUUGGGGAUGGGAGGGAGGAGUAGGCCUCUGGUUCCUCAUUUUUAAAAAAAAUUAAUUUCAAGGCAUCUGGUUGGCAAAUUUCACUGCUAAGGAAAUUAAAUUGCUGUCAAGGUUAUACCUGAUGAGCUCUGGUUGAUACCUUUGUCUCAGCCAUUGAGGGCUACAAUCUCCCAUUAUCACUUUCUGAUCUUUGACUUAAAGAUUGACCAAACUGUGUCCCAGUCUGAUAGUUUGCCACUGGAAAGUUUGGUGGCAGGGAAAAGGCAUGCCCUUGAUGCAUUGAUUGAUGGUGAACUUCUGGUUUUGAGGUAGCCUGAAGCAGUUUUCAGACAACUUAAAUGAAUGGAAAUCACAGGCAUGUGUAACCAGGUUGGCCAUAGUUUUGUAACAGGCCAGUUGUUAAUGAGGUUACACCAUCACUGCAAUCUUGGAUUGUAGAACUGACAGAUUGAAAAUGUUGCAGUACCGUAUUUGAGAUACAAUGUUACCUGUUUUGUUAAUAGAAUGAUUUGAAUUUUGCAGUGAGCUAUAUUAUUAAUCCAAAUGAUUGCUAAUGGCUAAGCAAAUCAAGUAAUAAAGAAACACUGUAAGUUAGUGGCACAAAAUAUAUCAUAACUAGGCAGAAAUUGUAAUCAUAUGAGGGUUCUGACAAAAUUUAAUGAAAUCAAGAGCAGUUUUCAGGGGAUGUUAAUCACUGUUGAUUAAAUGUUUGCUGUAUCUGCCAUGUUGCACUUGGAACAAUUACAAAAAUGCUUGUAUGGAUUAAUCUUGGUAGUCCAGACAUUAACUGCAUUGUCAUUUUUCUUAACUUGAAAACUGUGUUUCUGAAUUGCUCCUUGUGAGGAGCUGCAAAAUUUGCAAUGAAUGAAAUGUCUCUAAGAGAUUAAAGCAGAAUUUCUUCUUUCUGGGAGAGUCAACCUUUUUGCCAUCGGAAACGAGUGCUCGUAAAUAGAGGUGUAAGUUGC